AUGGCUAAUGCCACUAUUGGUGAUGAUGACCCCUUCAACGCUAUCAGCAUCGACUACAGUAAAAAGAACAAAUUCUGGUAUGCGGAGAAUGGAAACAUAAAACACGGUGAUCCGAGUGAAAACGGCCUGGUAUACUAUGAAGCUUUGAAUUUCCCGCCGUUACUUGGCGUUUGGAUGGAUUAUCACCGUGGGGAGCAUAGGCCUAUCACUGGCAUCUACCCUAUGCCUUACGACAGCUACAAGACUCGGACUUCGGGAAGCGAUCUCAUAUUGCUGGGCAACAUUCUCGGCCCCUUCCUGUACACUUUUUCUGCAUUCUCCGUUGCGAGAAAACUCAUUUCUGAAAGAAAAGGAAGACUCCGUGAAGGUAUGCGUAUAAUGGGCCUCUAUGAUUUCCCAUACAACAUAUCGUGGUAUCUGUGGUAUGCCUCUUUUUACGUGGUAUUGUCCUUCAUCGUGGGGGCCCUGUCUUUGGUCGUCCUCCCAACAGUCAGCGCUCUCUGGCUUUUUCUCCUCGCCUUUCUGUACUUUCUCGCAUCGCUGUCGUUUGCCUUUGCGAUAUCGACCUUAUUUGAGAACCCCAAUACUGGCUCGACGUUAACUGCAGUGAUCUACUAUGUUCUUGCUAUAACGGUAUCAGUGCUUGACCGUGAAACGAGCAAGGGGGCCAUCAGUUUGCUACCGCAAUGCGCCUUCACUUUGGUAGUCCAGAACCUCGGUCAGCAGCUAUUCUUGGGCAUGGAGAGCCCAUCGGCUAGAUUAGCAUAUCAAAACUUCACCCUACUGCAAGGAUUGACCAUGCUCACCAUCGACUUCAUGCUGUGGACGUUAUUGUAUCUCUAUCUCGACCAAGUUGUCCCUCAUCAAUACCGCGCCACACGCAAAUUUUAUUUCCUGUUCACUCGUGGGUUCUGGCGAGAAAUGGCUGGUGAUGAGAACGAGGAGAGGUAUCGAGGAAUAACAGCUGAUCAUGUUCCUUGUGAGGCCAGUAGCGUUACUGUUGAUGAAGGAAUAGAAAAUCUCAAAGGUCAAUUCCUCCUGAUAUCCCAUUGUGUAGAGGUAUAG